UUUGGGUCCGGUAAAGUAAAGUUCACCCUUAUUCAUGAAUAACGAAUAAUUCCACAUUGUUCUUAAUUUAAGACGAUGUAACAUUUAUCGCACGCUUCCCUUGAUACCCACGCUGUGCCAAUCCAUUUGUUCACGACCACGACCGAGCGCGGCUGAAAGCCAACGCUUUCGUGGUUCAGCGCGCGCUCUGAUUGGCCAGUGUUUUUCGUUAAUAAUUCAAAAACGAAGCUUCAAACGACAUUUUGGUAAAGGAAAAUGUUGUUCAGAAUCACCUCAGCAACCCCUCAUUUCCGGGAGUUAUAGAAGUUACGGGACACCUUAUAUGUAUAAAGGUAUUUCUCAUGUGAAUGAGGCAUAAUGGCUGCGCGCUCGCCCGUGACCUGAUGAUGGGGGCACUUUUCCCUUUAGUGCUUUUUCACUAGACGAUCUGACACUAUCAUUGAUGCUGUAUGUACAUAUAUAUUGGGCCUUUUCCCCUUCGCCUACAUCGUUAUUUCUUUUUGGGAUUCGGGAUCGCCCACUAGGAAAAACGGGUGGCCGGCGUAUGAGUCAGAAGUUCCGAACCACGGAACUCAGGAAUUCUACGAGAGUGGCCGAGAACUCAGGAAAGUUGCAGCCAACGGCGGGGGCCCGGAACCCACGAACUCCUGGACGGGGUGGGGGCAUCGCCAUUUUCCCUAGGGAAGCCAACAUUUUUCUAUCUAAAAUGUCGACUAUCACAGCCAACUCUAAUACUAGCCGUGCUGAAGUAAAAAGAAGACUAAACAUGCCUUUGUUACUGCUGGGGCGUCAUUAUUGGAGUACCCGGUACCCCAAGGUGAGGUUGGGUUUCCACAGUUGGUAUAACAGUUGUGUCUGUUUUAUCAGUUCUUCUCUUACCACACCUCGCAGGAGCAUGCAUGGCACAACUACCUUAUCGACUGAAGAAACGAAUACAUGUAUAAUACUUUGCAGUAUUGCUACAUCUAUUUCCAUAUACAUGGCAAUUGGUGUUCGCACUUCACACAAGCAUAUAUCUGCUUUCAUCCCAUUAUAUAUAAAUAUAAUAUAAAUAUCCCUUUGACAUAUUCUAUCUCGUUUUAUCUCGUUACACAAUUCUCUUUCUUGCUCUUCAGAGAUAUGGCAACACUGAGCUCGAGACACUGACCAAAGAGAUAUAGCCGUUGGUAUCGAAGCAAUUUUCCGUUAUCGUAGACUAUUGCAGUGCGAAGUGUUUCACAUUUUUGUACUAGGAUAGAGCAGAUGGCGUUCGUUCUCGAAGCACAAAUUCACGGCCCUUCCAGAACAAUCAACAAAGAUAAGUUCCUGUUUACGUUCUGCAACUAUUUGUUUAAAGUAAUUGAACAUUAUUGGUUGGAAGUGUUAAAUAAAUUUAUAGCAAACAUGAAAAACAAUUCAGAUGAAAGUGAUUCUGAUGAAAACUGCAGUAAUCAAGACAAUGACCAAGCAAUUGAAGAGAAAAAUGAAUAUUCAACCAGUUUUUCUAAUCAAUCUUACAUUGAAAGACGCGGUAGAAAAAGAAGUAAUACUACUUUAACAGAUGACACUUCAGACUUAAAUGAUAGCGAUUGUAACGAAGAAUAUUAUGAUAAAAGUUUUGACGAAAAAGACGAUAUGAAAUUUAGACAUAAUAUGUAUAAAUCUUGUGAACAAGACUCUGGUGAGGAAUGUCAGAGUGUACAAAAUGCAUGUAUGGAUGAUGAUGCAAAGGAAAGUAAAUCAAGGAAAAGACCACACGAUGAUCCUUAUCAUCAUUACGGUAAACUACCAAAGAUUCAAAGAACAAAUGAAAAAAGUGACGAUGAUACAAAUGAGGAGGAAAGAGAGUACGAUGGAGGAGAACAUUUUAUUAAACAAGAAUCUAAAAAUUUUCUUGAUGGGCAAGAUAAGGCUCAACGAAUGAUGCGUAUGAUGGGAUAUAAAGAAGGCCAUGGUCUCGGAAAGAAUAAACAAGGUCGCUUAGAACCAGUACAGGCCCCUAAACAACAUGGUCGUAGAGGUCUUGGACAUCAUGUACCAGGACUCGAAGCUUCAAGUCUUAAAUGGGAUCCUAAAGAAGAAGAAAUAAAAGUUAAAGAAGACAUGGAAUGGAUAAGAAAUCCAGAUAAUUGUUUGCCAUCGUUCGAAGAAAUGCAACUCUGGUUGCAAAAGGGACCUAAGAAGCUUAUUAUAGACGAUGAAACCCAAUUCUGUGAUGAAGAUAUAGUUAUAAAUGUUAUUAAUGCAAAAUCAAUAUUUGAUCAUUUAGACGAAAUAGAAGUACGUCGUGCGAGGACACGUUGUAAUCCCUAUGAAACUAUUCGCGGUGCGUUCUUUUUAAAUCGUGCUGCUGUUAAAAUGGCAAAUAUAGACAAAGCAUGCGACUUUAUGUUUACCAAGCCGGAAGGUUUACAAGACAAUGAAUUGUUAUAUUUCGCGGACGUAUGUGCUGGGCCAGGUGGUUUCAGUGAAUAUGUUUUAUGGAGAAAAAAAUGGCAUGCAAAAGGAUUUGGUCUUACUUUGAAGAAUGAAAACGACUUUAAAUUAGCUGAUUUUUACGCAGGUCCUUGUGAAACAUUUCACCCAUAUUAUGGACCAAAAGAGAACGGUGAUGUUUUUGAUCCCAUCAACCAGGAAGCUUUCAGAGAUCUUGUAAUGACACAUACUCAUGGCAAAGGAGUACAUUUUAUGAUGUCUGACGGAGGAUUUUCAGUAGAAGGUCAAGAAAAUAUACAAGAGAUUCUUUCAAAACAAUUGUAUCUCUGCCAAUGUUUAGUAGCCUUGAUGAUUGUACGAGAGAAGGGUCAUUUUGUCACGAAGCUAUUCGACCUUUUCACACCAUUCAGUGCUGGGUUAAUUUACUUAAUGUAUCGUUGUUUCGAAGAAAUUUCUAUUUUCAAGCCAAAUUCCUCUAGACCAGCAAAUUCAGAACGUUAUUUAAUAUGUAAAACUAAACGUUCUGGUACAGAAGACGUUUUACGUUAUCUUAAAUACGUUAACAAUUUGCUUCUGAAAAGCGAUGAUAAUAAUGACGUUCUACAGUUAGUAUCACUGGAUGAAUUAGAAAAGGAAAAACAAUUUGUACAAUAUUUGCGUAUAUCAAACGAUGAUUUAGGAAGGAAACAAAUCAUAGGUUUGCGCAAAAUUGCUGCAUUUUGUGAAGACAAUACUCUUGUUGAAACGAAGCAAGCGGAUAUGCGUAAAGAGUGUCUUAAAUAUUGGGAGAUUCCAGACGAAAGCAGAACAAUACCGAGGCAUAUGAAGCCUCAAGAUAAACUGAAAGUUCUUCUUGAAAAUAAUACUAAAUUUAUCUCGACUCCUGCGAAAAGAUUGACGAAGGAAACUAUGGAAAGUACAAUGUUGACUGAACCUUAUGAUUGGUUCUGUAUGCCCUGUAGUACUGGACUUUCGACCGAACCCAAUAAAAAUGCUACAUUUUAUAUGGGCAUGGGAAGGAGUAACGUGUACCGUUUGAUACGAGGUAUUUGGACGCAGAUUAAUGAUAUCAAUGUAGAGUUACCACCAGAUACACUUGUGUAUGCUGAGGUCGUCUACGAGAUGGCAAAGGAGUUCAGAAAUCAGAAAAAAGUACAGACAUUACAUAUUUUAGACGCUUUCAUCCUAGGAGCUGAAAACGUUAGUUGCAAAUAUUUGAGAGACAGGCACGAACUCACAAAGCUAUUUUGUGAAGCUUUAUGGAAGCCUGUCGGCGGUACAUACACUCGUGUGCGUGUUAAAGAAUUACUUCCAGUAGAUCCAAACAUACGUGAAACAUUGCAAAUAAAGCAACGUCUAAUGAAGAACAAUCGACUGGCUUUAGUAUAUGAAAUUCCUACAACUUCUUUAGAAUGCAACAAUUCUGAUAACGAUAAACCAUACUUUAUACCAAACAGUGUAAUUUUCUUAAAAAGUACUGCCCCUCCUUGGACCCGGCAUUGUAGUAAAAGAUAUUCUAUAACGUAUGUGUUUAAUUCUAAAACGGGUAAGAACAUAUUUGACAAACAUCGACCACCGGAAGCAGAAGCAAAUUUCAUUCAAUCGUUUGAAAAUCGCGUUAUUUGGUAUUGGCCUAACGAUGAGGAGCUCACAAUUGAUAUUGUUGCAAAACAUAUUAGUAACAAAUGCCCGUCGCAUAGCGAGGGUUUAGAAUACUAGGGUAGUAAAUUAAACAUUAAGGUAAAUAUAAAACUUCUUAUUAAUGAUUUAUAAUUAUGACAUUAAUUCCUAUACAUGUAUGUAUACAUGUAUAGUUUUAUAAAUAUACAAAUACAAGAAUUGCGAGUUCUUACUGAAGUUACAAAAAUGCGUACAUGUAUUUUAUAAGAAAAUAACAGAUGUACAUUUAUGUAAACAGAUAGGCGUACCAUACAUGAUGUGUGGUACAGCCCGGGCAAAAUCAUAGGCUAUAUUUAUGAAGUAUCUGCAUGUAGUUACGAUAAGCGAAUAUAAUUAAUUUCAAAAACAGAUAUGUAGUCGAUAUAAUUUGUUUUUAGUAAGAACAAUUAAAUAUUUAUUUGUGGCAACAGCUCCCAUGAUGGGACAAGUUUCAGUACCUAAAUCCACGAUCCAUUGUUUUCCAACUUGAAUAUUAGGUUCAGGCCUUUUAUAAAGAAAUAUGUAUCUUGUAUGUUCCAAUAUAGCAACAUAAGAACCAUCUAGAAAGUAUAAAAGAUUCAGAUGUAUCUAAAUUUAUAUUUGUACAGUAAUUAAAUAUU